AUGCCACCCAAGAAAAGCGGCAGCAAAGCCCCAGCAGGCAAACAGCUUAACGACGUGACGAAGUCUGAGUUGCUUGACGAAAUUAGAGCACCCAAGUUCACCGGAAACAAGUGCAUGAGAUGCGAUGAGUUCAGCCAUGGUCAUAUCAACGAAUGCAACGCCAAAGCCAAUUCCAAGCUCUGGUCGAAGGGUCUUGGUAAUUUCGCGGACAAGCAGGGUGUCGAGAAGUUGUUUCAGACCGAACGUGCCAAGCUCAUUGCGGACGGAACAUACACUCCUGUCAAGCAAGUAAGCAAGCCUGUCGCACAGAAUCAACCCAAACCAGACAAUAAGAUGAAAAGCGAACCUCAGAAGGUUGAGUCUGCUAUUCCAGAAGACCCCGCAUCCAGCAGCGCACUGAACGAAAAGCCCGCGACGCCCGUCAAGAAGAGAACGCCUAUCGAGACUGAGAAUGUUGGCAAGCUUAUUUACACAAAAGACGAGACAAAAGCCCAGAAUGUCCAGGCUAAUAUACCCAAAGAUGGCCUAGCGAACGCCGCAACACAGCACGAAGGUCCAGAACCGGCGGAAGGCGAGUUCAAAGUGAUCACCAAUUAUGUGCGAGUGCGCAAGGUACCUUCUCAACUCUUUACAUAUGCCUUGACAUUCUAUAGACCAAGUCGCGACCCAAAGAAGCCCAACGCCCGCGUAGAGCUCAACAAGCGACAAGAGAUCGGACGUGUAUUCGAUGCGAUGAUCGAGGAAGAUGUGUUGGAACUGGACAAGAACCGGAAGAUAUGGGCAACCAACUAUAAGAGUCUUUGGUGCGACACUGCUCUCGAGGGUCCUCACGGAGAUCAGGAGGAGUGGGACACGGCAAAUUUUGACUGCAAACUCCUUGAUGGUCGAACAUAUGACGACGUAUACGCAACUGUGAGGAAAGGUGUAGUCUUGAGCGAUAUCGACGACGUCCUUCGUAAGGAACACAUCACCAAAAGCGCCGACUACAUUCGGGCUCUGAAUGCUCAUGUUGCGAAAUGUGUCCGCAAGCACAACGAAGCGGAGGACCGACCGAUUACCUAG